ACUCAUAUUUAUAUAUUUCGUAAAAAAAAAAAAACUCAUAUUUAUAUAUAUCACUAUAAAUCAAAAUUGACGAUUAAAAAAAAUAAAAUUGAAUACCCAGAAUUCAUUUCGCAGGAGCUUAGGUUAGAAUAAAAAUUAGUUAGGAAGAAAGAAAGAAUCAGUUGUUUACCGUUGAGAGAUCAAUGGCCGGAAAACAGGUCAGCGGCGAGGGUUUAUCGGCGAACCUCGCCGGAAUGUCGAAGAAUCAACUUUACGAUAUAAUGUCUCAGAUGAAGAAUCUGAUUGAACAGAACCAGCAACAAGCCAGACAGAUCCUCAUCCAAAACCCUAUGUUGACCAAAGCACUUUUUCAGGCACAAAUUAUGCUUGGAAUGGUACAAUCACCUCAAGCGGUUCCAAAGGUUCAACCAGUAGCUCCUCAGAUCAACCAGCAACCAGUACAGCCAGCACAAAAGCCAAGCAUUCAACCUGCUCCAGUAUUGCCUGCACAAGGUGGCGUACAAGAUCAAGCAGGUGUAUCACAAAUUCCUCCCAGGAAACACCAAAAUCAGCCUUCUGUGCCAGUUUCAUAUGCUGCUGUUCCUGCAAUGAGUCAUCAAACUCAGCCGACGGCUGCACAUUCGUUGCAGAUGCCACAACAGCCUAAAGGACAUCUGACUCCCCAAGUGGCUCCGGCAGCUGUUCCACAAUCAUCACAACUCCCAAAGAUACCUCCACCUUCUGUUCAUUCAUCUUCACAGCCACUUCAUCCCACACAAAUGCCAACUGCCUCCAGUCAGACACAGCAACCUUUGCAGGCACCUGGAUUUCCACAUAUGCCUAUGCAACCACCACUGCCACCACAGCUCAGACCACCACCUUCAGUGCAAACCUUCCAUCCCCAAUAUCCCCCACAAACGGGUGCUAAUAUAGGUUUUCAACAUAGUGGUGCUUCCCACAAUCCCAUGUUUCAUCCAGGUACAAAACCUCCUAGUGUUGGAUCUACGUUCCCACUGGGGCAGGCACCACUACCAAACCAACAAUCAUCCCAGACACCUUAUCAGGUUGGAAAUAUGCCAUUCGGGUCUGAUUUUGGCAGUCAAGCUGGAAAUGCAAUGCAAAUCGAUAGAGGGUCUUCUUGGAUGCCUGGUCCCUCUGAGAAUCUAGCGCAGUAUUCUGGUCCUCCGGGACCAUCAUCUAUGGUUUCUAGUCAGACGGGUGUCACUAAUCAGCCUCCUCGUCCUCCUGCGUUGACACCAGAUAUGGAGAAGGCACUGCUUCAGCAGGUCAUGAGUCUCACACCAGAGCAGAUAAAUCUUCUGCCUCCAGAACAAAGAAAUCAAGUGCUGCAACUGCAGCUCAUGUUGCGUAAAUGACGCAAUCUAUAUCUAUAUAAUAUAGAUUUUAGAGACUUUUGUUAUGAACUUAUGAACAUUUGGAAUGAUGUCUAUGAAAUAUUGAUUAAUUAAGUUUAUUUUGUUCAUGUAUUAUUAUUUUAUUUA